CCAUGUCAAAACUCCACCCCUUCCUCUAGUGCUGCUUGUAUGUGUGAGUGCAGUGAAGCAGAAGGGUACAUCCACGUUUAUUUGCUAUAGGAAAGGUGCUCAGUAAAUAACAGCAUGCUGAUUGCUUUUCGUGGCGUCCGUCCUCUUGGAAAUCGCUUACAACUGCUGAAGGCUGUUAAUUCUUCUCAAUACACCAGGUUUUCCACCUCACCAGCAAUGUCUUCAAGACACAAGAAUGCCAAGAGAAUCCAGGGGAUUGAUAGUAAUGUGUGGGUUGAAUUUACAUCACUGGCUGCAGAUCCUACAGUUGUAAACCUUGGCCAAGGCUUCCCUGAUAUAUCUCCCCCUUCAUAUGUGAAAGAAGGCCUAGCUAAAGCAGCAGCCGUUGAUAGGCUUAAUCAAUACACCCGUGGCUUUGGGCACCCUCUGUUGGUGGAUGCUCUGUCUCAAGUCUAUGGCAGAGUGAAUGGAAGAAAGAUUAACCCAAAUACAGAAAUCCUGGUCACAGUUGGAGCUUAUGGAUCCCUUUUUAGUGCAAUUCAGGGACUGAUUGAAGAAGGUGAUGAAGUGAUAAUAAUAGAGCCAUUUUAUGACUGUUAUGACCCCAUGGUGAGAAUGGCAGGAGCCACCCCUGUAUGCAUUCCUUUGCGAUAUAAGUCGAGUGGCAAAAGCAUAAUCUCUAGUGCUGAUUGGAGUUUAGACCCCGAAGAGCUGGCUAGUAAAUUCAGUAACCGGACCAAGGCAAUUAUACUGAAUACACCAAACAAUCCCAUGGGCAAGGUCUAUACUAAAGAAGAAUUGCAGAUGAUUGCUGAUCUCUGUAUAAAGCAUGACACACUAUGUAUUAGUGAUGAAGUUUACGAAUGGCUGAUAUACCCUGGAAACAAGCACAUAAAAAUAGCUACAUUGCCUGGUAUGUGGGAAAGAACAGUGACCGUAGGAAGUGCAGGAAAGACAUUUAGUGUGACUGGAUGGAAGCUUGGUUGGUCCAUCGGGCCUGCACAUCUCAUAAAACACUUACAGACUGUACAGCAAAACUCAAUCUACACCUGUCCCACGCCGUUGCAAGAGGCACUCGCUCAUGCUCUUUUCAAAGACUUUAAGAGGAUGGAUGAGCCCGACUGUUAUUUUACCUCACUAGCUGUGGAACUAGAAGCCAAGCGUGACAGAAUGGCAAGGUUACUUCAGGAAGUAGGACUGAAACCAGUCAUUCCGGAAGGAGGAUAUUUCAUGGUAGCUGAUAUUUCAGUUCUAGAUGUUGAUCUUUCUGAUAUGAAGACAGAUGAACCUUAUGAUUACAAAUUUGUGAAAUGGAUGAUAAAAACCAAGAAACUAGCAGCUAUCCCAAUUACAGCAUUCUGUGCACCAGCAACUACAAAGCAGUUUGAAAAAUACAUACGGUUUUGUUUCAUAAAGCAAGAAAGCACACUGGAUGCAGCAGAAGUGAUUCUGAAAAACUGGAAUAAACAAAAGUAAAAGAAAAUACAGCAAGGGAUGUGGCAUCAACUAUAAAAAUGUCAACUAAAUUAAUUUAUGGAAUAAUUACUUUUAGGAAAGAAACUGAACUGUGCGGUUUAAUAGUUUUACUGUUUUUAAGGAGAUGUUUUAUCAAGGCUGUCAAAAGAGGAUGCAUAAUACAUGGCUGUCAAAAGAGGAUGCAUAAUACAUGGCUGUCCCAGGAGUUCCACAAUAAAACAAAAGCAUUUUUAAAAA